AUGUCAAAAGGACUCAUUCCAGGCUACAAAUUCGUUGAAGAGUUCUCAGAAGAGUUCGAAACCGGAUUUGAGGAAGAAGUUUCACUGGUGACGCUGGAUCUUGGCCAGGCCGAUCUCAGCAUUAUUCCUAAUGCGGAUUCCUAUCGUCUCAUCGGUCUGGACACACCAACACCUUUCCUCCAAUUAGGAGGGAACAUCUUCAAAGGAUGCUACGAAACUCUUCUCGGAAGUGAAAUAUUAUUUAAAGAAAGCUCAGAGCAUAGCCAGAAAAUGAUCGCUCCACAUGGGAUCAUGUCUGAGCGGCGUGUCCGAUUCAACCAGCUUGUUCUGAAGAGUCCAGAGGAGAUGGAAGAAGAGGCUAGAGAGAAGGAAAACCAAACAUUUGCUGGUGCGGAAUCCGUUGAAGAUGGGACAGCUCUGGGGAGAAAGCAGGCGCACAUGUCCACCGCCAUGGGAGCGAAGUAG